AUGGUGCCUGUACGUGACUACGGCCGAAGAGUAGAGGGACUCAUCGAGCAUUCGGAGUCGGAAAUGCUUGAAGAAAUUGAGCCGCCGACAGGGAAAGUUCCCAUUGCAACUCUCGCUCAUGGACUUGACCGAGUGCUUUUCAAUCCUGGUGUACACUGGGUUCAAGAUCCGCGGUCGCGCGUGUACAACUUCAACCCCUUCGUACAAAAUGUGCCAGAUAUCAAAGACUUUGGAUUUGAGCGCCUUCCCCCAUUUAUUCGAAGCUCUAGAGAUACGAUCAUGAGAGGUCUGGCCGAAUCGAAAGGGAAACGCUUUGCAGGAUCCACUUCCUCUCUGACCGGGCUUCUUUGCCAUAUAUAUUUCCUCCUUUCUCAAGACCACACCGUCGAUGUCAGAACAAUGGCUGCUCCUUUCUCAACUGCAAGGACAACGUUCACUCCAGGACAGCGCAUGCCAACGGCAGUAGUAUUCAAUCAUAAAAAUGGUGUAUACAUGAUCGACUCCGAUAGUACCGAUAAUGAUGAUAGUGAAUGGAACAUCCUCAUGUGGCUGGGUACUAUGUUGGAGAGCUUCCUCACUUUACCAAGGAACGAGUUUGAGAAAUUACUCCGUACCUUGAGUCCCGAAAACACAUUUGAAAAACAACCGGAAGCGUACCGAUACUCACAAUCAAAGUCAUUUGUGAUGCGUUCCCAACUCGAUUGUGUCGACCCACGACUUCCAGGCUCCGGAGUUUUCGACAUCAAAACGCGUGCUGCCUUGCCUCUUCGCAUGGAUAAUUUGAACUUCAAGGAAAACUCAGGCUACUUAAUCACCUCAUUACAUGGAUAUCUACAUAGCUUUGACAGGGAAUAUUACGAUUUGAUUCGUUCAGCUUUCUUGAAGUACAGCUUCCAAGCUCGAAUUGGUAAUAUGGAUGGAAUCUUCCUGGCAUACCACAACACCGCAAGAAUUUUCGGCUUUCAAUACGUACCACUAGAGGAGAUGGAUCGUCGACUCUUUGGUGAUUAUUUAGAGAAGAAGCCAAAUGGGAUCAGUCUUGGCCAAUAUGAGACAGGCGGUACUGCGGCAGGCUGGCGCAUUUUCAAGAAGUGUGUUAGAUUGUUGGAGGAAAUUGCUAGUGAGAUCGCGGAAUGCUUCCCGGGGAAGUCUGUCACUUGCCUAGCGGAGACACGCAAAAACCGGGGCGUUAUGAGGAUCUGGGUUCAGCCCGUAGACGAAGAAACCGAGCCAACCAACGACGACGAGAUACCGAUGGUCACUCCGAGUUUGAAGAAGCCUAUAGUUCUGCUAGAAGUGACGACGCAUAAUUUCUUAGACGGUCAACCAGUCCUUGGUCCAGGAGCAGUCUUCGGAUCAAAGAAACCAUGGACGGUCCAGUGGUCAAUUUCUCGAUCCACACUGUCAGAACGCAUCAUUCGAAAAGAACUCGUAGAAGCAAAGCAUCGCAAGAACAGACCGACAUCGUAUCCAGCAGGUGUCGACGCUGAGAACUUGGAAGAGUUCAUAAAGAAUCUUGGGUUCGGGAAUCCAGAGACUAUGCCCAAUGCAAAGAACUUCAAGCGUCCAGAUGCUUUUAUUCGACGUUGUCGGAUGAUUGCAAGAGCCGGAGCUUUGGAAGCUGAGCGUCUGAAGCUUGAGGAUGAGGCGAGGGGUGUGCAGGUUUUGGGACAAGAAGACGCUUUAUAUCCUGAGGGUCAGCUCUCAUCAGCAAGUAACAAAUCAAACGGUGACAAGAUUUCGUUUGCUUCAUUGUGA